UUUCCGGCAGGCUCGUGCGGCCACAGAGUAGAGUGGGCGUUGAACCCGUCUUCCUCCCUGCUCAUACAUGACUUCACGACCAACGUUACACAAGUUGGCCAACUUGAAAUCGUGAAAUUACCAGUCGCAGCCGGCCGACCAAGAUGACGGAAAGCUCCGCUAACAAGCUGCUAAACGGAGACGCCUGUCACCGGACCUCAAACGGGCGGAAAUCGAGUAAAAAUGGCUUCGUGAAGAACCACUGCUUGUUUCAACAGCCACAGAAGUACCGUCGCCCCAGGGAGAGGAAGAACCAAAAUGUUACACACAACCCCAGCCUGUACAAGAAGCCCUUUGCAGAAUCAUUUGAGGAGACUCCUCUCCUGGUGGCCGUGCUCACCUACAUGGGCUAUGGCAUCCUCACCAUCUUUGGCUACCUGAGAGACUUCCUUCGCCACUGGAACAUCGAGAAGUGCCAUGUGGCUCGGGAGAGAGAGGAACAGAAGGAUUUUGUCCCACUCUAUCAGGACUUUGAGAACUUCUACACCAGGAACUUGUACAUGAGGAUUCGAGACAACUGGAACCGACCUAUCUGUAGCGUUCCUGGUGCUAAGAUGGACCUGGUGGAGAGAGUUUCCCAUGACUACAAUUGGACCUUCGAGCACACAGGCAAGGUGGUGAAGGACGUCAUCAAUAUGGGCUCGUACAACUACCUCGGCUUUGCUGAGAACGUCGGGGCUUGUGCUGACGCCGCUAUUGAAUCCACGAAGAAGUAUGGAGUGGGAGUGGGCAGCACUCGCUGUGAGCUGGGGAACCUGGACAUCCACGAGGAGAUGGAGCAGUUGGUUGCCAGGUUCCUGGGUGUUGAGUCAUCAAUGGCUUUUGGCAUGGGCUUCGCAACCAACUCCAUGAACAUUCCUGCUCUCACUGGGAAGGGUUGUCUUAUUUUGAGUGAUGAGCUGAAUCACGCGUCACUGGUGCUGGGUGCCCGCCUGUCUGCAUCCACAAUCCGGGUCUUCAAACACAACAACAUGCAAAGCCUGGAGAAGCUGCUGAGAGAUGCCAUUGUACACGGGCAGCCAAGAACCCACCGUCCCUGGAAGAAAAUACUCAUCGUGGUGGAGGGAAUAUACAGUAUGGAGGGGUCCAUCGUGCGUCUGCCGGAGGUCAUUGCUCUGAAGAAGCGCUACAAGGCGUAUCUGUACCUGGAUGAGGCCCACAGUAUCGGGGCCUUGGGGCCUAACGGCAGAGGAGUGGUGGACUACUUUGGCCUGGAUCCCAAAGAUGUCGACAUCAUGAUGGGAACAUUCACCAAGAGCUUCGGUGCUGCUGGAGGAUAUAUUGGAGGCAAAAAGGAGCUGAUCGACUACCUGCGCAACCACUCUCACAGUGCCCUGUAUGCCACCUCCAUGUCUCCUCCUGUGGCCCAGCAGAUCAUCACCUCGAUGAAGAUCAUCAUGGGAGAGGAUGGGACCACACUGGGUGCUGAUCGCCUCAGACAGCUGUCAGAGAACACCACCUACUUCCGCAGAAAACUCCGUGAAAUGGGCUUCAUCAUCUACGGCAACGAUGACUCACCCGUCGUACCCAUGAUGCUCUACAUGCCUGCCAAAAUUGGGGCAUUCGGUCGGGAGAUGUUAAAGAGAAACAUCGGCACAGUGGUCGUCGGCUUCCCAGCAACACCCAUCAUCGAGUCCAGGGCGCGUUUCUGCGUUUCGGCCGCCCAUACCAGAGAGAUGCUGAACACAGCGUUGGAGGCCAUCAGUGAAGUGGGCGACCUGCUGCAGCUGAAGUACUCCAGACGUGAACAGCCUCUCCCCUCGCUCGGGUGGAUGGCCGAGGAGAGCCUUCUUCAGGACUGAGCCACAUCAUCCAGUCCCCCCUCACCCCACCCCGACCCCCGGCUACUUACUUUACCUUUUCUUUUUCUUUGUCCCUCAUUUUCCUCUGAGCCAGUCUCUUCACCCCACCAUGGACUCACCACAACCAGAGUCCUUCACCUGUUUAGGAGAACCUGCACACCAGCGUCACUCAUCAGCGGUGUGCAGUCCGUGACGAGUACAUUUCACGCCUAUAGCAGUGGAAGAACCAAAAUCACCCCCUCAACUUUUCUGUCUGUUGUUACAAAGCAGUUCAGAGCCUUUCAGUUUGUCUUAACUUAUUGUGACUGCAUCGGUCUAACGUUGAGUCUUACCCCUGUGUGCACAUCGAAUGUGUGUCUUAUUUGUGCAAUAAUAAUAACAAGAACAACGUGGAGUUCCUUCGUCGUACAAACAACCGUGAAGCAAAGUCGACCAAUUUUUUUUUUUUUUUUCACCUCGAGUUCCUACUCGUGCGCUCGGAGAAAAAAGAAAUCUGAUAGCAGCCGUUGCUAUGACGUACAGAAGAGUAAAAAAUUGUAAAAUGUAAAUAUUAUUUAUCCCGAAGUUGGACAGCAUCCCAGCUCUCAAAGAGAGAUACAUUAUUUCACAGGAGUAACAUUAGCAUGUUCACUCCAUUUGUAUUUAUCUGAUGGCUUUUUUUUCUAAUCACUUCUACUUGAAAAGAGAGUAUAGAAUAUUGGGUUCUUUCCCUAACCAAAGGAUAUAUAUAAAUAUAUAUAUAUGUAUAGAUAUGUUUUCUACAUGUUCUCUUAAAAUGCAAAGCAGAUGUUCCAAAAGAAAACAUUUAACAGGGAAAGAAUCCCAGGGAGCAAGACUACGGAAUAUUUUUUACUGCUUAUUUUCUAGAAAUAUUUUUCAGCCUUAUUUACUGUUUACACCUGCACUCAAAAACUUGAGCCCAGUGUCUUUAACAUUUCUGUAAACUAAUGAGCUACACGUGUGAUUUUUUUCUUCUCCUUUUUUUUUUUUUUUUUUAAAUUUUAUUGUUUUUUUCCGUUCUCACUCAAGUGCUUUCAUGUGAAUCAGCGUCGACACCGAUCUCUGAGCACCGUGACACGCUGCAGCUACGAUCUGUAUGUAUGACGAUGCCCGCUUCCCACGCUCAUCCGAUAUACAGACAGCGUUAUUUAUUGUUAAAAAAAAAAAAAAUGUCUGUCAUCUUUCAGCUAUGUUCCUGUUUCUGUGAAAAAAAAAUAGAAAAAAAUGUAAACUGUUAUCUGAAAGGCAGCUUCAAAUGUGUCCCCCGGGCAGAAGGUGUGCGUUUUUUAACUGACUACUUACACGUCUUAACUUCAGUGCGAGCACUACUGACAGGCAUGGUGAAAAUGCACAGAUGACGUAGUCACUGAAAUGUGCAGGAUUUUUGUGGAUAUGCUUCAAAUGUCGUCUAUGUUUUUUUUUGUUUGUUUGUUCUUCAUCAUUUAUCAUCCGUGGUCAUCUUCUUGAAUGACAUUCCAUAUCAAGCUGCUUUCAGUGUCAAGAGUUUGUUUUGUUGUAACUGUUUGUGUCUGUAUGAGCUCAAACAGGACAAAACAUGCCACUGUUGGAUAUCCUGUUCGUGUGUGUGUGUGUGUUUGUGUCCUAUCACUUAAUUGAUGUGAAUCUGGAGGCCCCGUCAGAGAAUGUGACCAUUCCUAUAAAUGUUCAUCAAAGUGAUUAAACUCAAACUUCAUGCACAUUUUCCUCUGUGUGUUUGGCAUUUUCAGCACGGCGCAACAAACUUUCGGCCUCUCGAUUUUUUUUUUUUUUUAACUGUACAUCCUUUUUAGGCAUUAACCGCAUUGUGUCGUCUCUGAGUGAGUCAUUCCAAAUAGUGUUUUCUGUCUUGCACACACACACACACUCAAAAAGUAUGGCUUGAUUAACAACUCCGUGAUGCAUUUGCUUUCAAUAAACAUGAUCUAAAAGGUGGAACGCAUGACUAUGAUCUGGAAUUGCACUCUUCAGAAAAUGUGCCCCGACAUAAAACAUUUUUCUUCUUGUCAAAGUUUCCUCUCAAGCUGUCUGCACCGUGCAGUACGCUCCCGCUCUGCAUUUUCUGUCUAUGGAGGCAAAAAAAAUGUAAUUGCAAACAGCAACAUGUCUGUUUCUCUCAGCCAGGUUUCCCUCUCUGAAACUGAGGAGAGAUUUUUAAAAAAAAAAUGUGUUUGAGUUGCUCUGAGCUCUUUGAUGUAACGUGAGAUGAUUUUUUUUCCAGCCUACCUACUGCAAAUACCUUGCGGACUGACCUGCCGUGACCGGUUUGGGGAAACUUGCUUAUCAGUUUGCUUUUGCCCUUGGAAUUGUAUUUGGGUUGAAGAUAAACCACUUGGAGGAGUUUGUAAAGCCAUGAUGUUUGUUGACCAUGCUGCUGGAAACAGUGCUGAUUAAAUCACUUUAUUUGUAUCAAG